AUGCUGUCACCUCGGCAAAGGGCGACGUCGAGAGCGCCCUGGAUGCUUCUACUGCUGGUAGUGCUCCUGUUGACUGGUGACCGCGCCGACGGCAUCGAGAAGAUCUACAAGAUGAAGAAAGUAAAGAAGCUCGCCAAGCUCGCGAUCCUGGCCAAGAUUCUGAAGCCGCACCUGAUACCCAUCCCGUUCCCGGUGCUGGUGGAGAAGAAGCAGAACGGCUGGGACAUGAUGGGAGGCUGGCCGAUGAUGGGAGGCGGCGGUGGUUGGGCCAUGGGCGGAGGUGGCUGGGACUCCGGAGGUGGCGGUGGUGGUGGUGGUGGUGGCGGCGGUGGCAGCUUCUCUCUGGCAGGCAGGAUCUGGGCUCUGAGGGCGAGAAUCAUUAUCAUUCUCAUGAAGAUGGCAGAGGCUAAGGAGCAGGCUCAAAAUAUUAUAGAGGAUCGGGAGAAGCCGAAAGGAUAUGAAGGCGUCAAAGGUGACCUGCCACCGGAAGCGACAGUGUUCGGAGUGCCCGUGAGGCGUCUGCAGCCUGCCGCCACUGUAGUAUUCAUCGGCGUCCUAGGCAUAGCGUCUUUCUAUUACUUCCAGCCUAAGCAACCGCGGCAAGGCAAGGAGGUCAUUCAUACGGAAUGCAACACCGAAGGGUGCCGGCAGCUGCGACUCUUCCUAGAGUCCACUGUCAACAGGUCGGUCGAUCCAUGCCGCGACUUCUUCAGCUUCACCUGUGCAGCACCACUGAAGAAGGAAAGGAUGUCCCAGAUGAGCGAUGACGUGCAAGCUAAGGUCGCUGCCAUGGUGACCGCUGCUGACGUUUCCGCUAGAGGCCAGAGCGCUUUCGAAAAGGCCGUGGCCACCUACCGGGCAUGUGUGUCGCUCUACUCUCAAAACCGGUCCGAGGCCGAGGAGCUGCACGGCUUCCUAUCACGGCUCGGGCUCGAUGUCGCGGAGCCCAACAGCAACCUCGACCCGCUCGAUGCCAUCGUUCAGCUUAACCUGGCCUGGAACUUGGCGGCAAUAGUGGCUAUCAAUGAGGCCAGUGGCUCCAGGCUCGACUACCCUCACGAGAUGUGUUUUAGUACGGCCGAAACCGAGUGGUAUGCGGAACGUCAAGAGCGUGUCACGAACAAAACGUACGAGAAGUUCGUCGAGCAGAAUCUGCGAUUUCUCUUGCCAACUGAAGAUACGUCCUAUAUCGAGGAGAUUGAAGGAAACAUCACCAGCACAGAAACAAAAGUUGUGAACUAUCUCUUGGACCAGUUUGAAGCGGCAAGUGACAACGACACUCCCCAGUUCCUUAUUCGCGUAAUGGACGUGCCCAAAUAUCUGAACAACGUCGUUACUGCUGAGCAUUGGGAGGCUAUGGUUAAACGCCACAGCGACCAAGCCUACCGUAUGGACGACCAGUUGGCCAUGGAGCCACUUGUAGCCAGGCUUACGGUGUUCCUGCUCACCCAACUCGAGAGCGCCGACUUUGUGCGCCUGAUAUCGUGGAGCGCGCUGCGCCAGCUCGUACCUUACGCCGACGGCAUGGCUCACGGAGGAACGCUGAAAGAGAUCCGCGACCUGUGUUACGACGAAGUUACCGACGUGCUUGAGCCGGCACUCACGUCCAAGUACAUCUACAAAACACUGACACCUGACGUGUUUCGAGAGGCGACGUACAUGGGCUUCCGCGUGCGCCACAGCAUAAUGAAAACCGUCGGUGAGUCGAGCUGGCUGCCACCUGAAGCCAGAAAUGCUGCGCGCAGAAAGGCCGAAGCCAUGAGACUGAUCAUCGCAUUCCCACUCAACCUGACGCGCCUGUCAGCGCUGGAGCGCCUUUACGCCGAUUUGCCAGACGUUCCAUUGACAGACACCUCUGCAGACAAAAAGGACGCCCACGGUACCGGCCGGAGCUACGUCUUGUCGUGGUUGAACGCAAGCCGGUUUCAGCGGCGCGUUGCAAUCCGAAACCCGACAGAGAUAUUCUUCUGGUUGGGCACAGUGAACGCGCAGCACACGUACUCUACCAACACCGUCAACCUGGCGGGCGCCCUACUCGAACCUGUGAUCUACUACCACGGCGCACCUGCCGCGUACAACUACGGAGGCCUUGGACAGUUAAUGGGCCACGAAAUGAUGCACGGCUUCGACGUGACCGGAAGACUGUACGAUGAGCACGGCGCGAAAAGCGACUGGUGGCCCAAGGAGAGCACGAAAAUAUACACAGAAGAGACGUCGUGCCUGCGAUCUCUCCAUCGACAGGCACUCAAGAAACGCUCACUUACGCUGGAUCCAAUGGACUCGGAAGACCUGGCCGACGACAUGGGUGUGCGCGUGGCCUUCAACGCCCUUCGGAAUAUCACGGCUGUAUCCGAGAAGACGAACAGUGGCAAAGUGGCGGGCUUCUCCGAACUCCAGCUGUUCUUCCUCGGCCACUGCGCCAAGAUGUGCGAUCCCAAAGUGCCACCGCGCGAACGGGACAGAGCCAAGCCGUACGCACCGAACUGGGCCCGUUGCGUGGUUCCGCUGAUGAACAUGCGAGAGUUCGCGGACGCGUUUCAGUGCGCGAAUGGCACCUUAAUGAACCCUGAACGUAAAUGCGAGUUCUGGUAGGAAGCUCUAAGCUGGUGGGCUGACCGCGCCCCUAUCACUAUCUUCGCGAAUUUAUUCUGCGCUUCAUAGUGUGCGCUGUAAGUUCUUUCGUGCGGCCCAUAAUAUACGUCAGUUUGCUAUUGCUCCUUUGAGCGCACUUGUUUCUUCCGCGACUUUCUGGAGAUCUCAAUUCCUAACACGCGUCGCGGAAGGUUAUGCCUGCUGACUGAGUCGGCGCUUUAUUCGCGAUUCGAGUCACCGCUUGGUGCUAUGUUUCUAUCUAC